UGGUGUUCACCACACGGCUUGAAGGUGUUUGUGGGCAGAUGCAAGCUUGGCGCAUGAUGAAGGUUGAGUGUCUAAACGAAGAAGAAGCAUGGUGGCUUUUUCAAGACAAAGUCGGAGAGCAGACUCUCCAAGCGCACGCGAUGAUUCCACAGCUUGCACAAGUAGUGGCUAAAGAGUGCGACGGGCUUCCGCUCGCUCUUGCGGUCAUCGGCUACGCGAUGAGCACGAAGAAAACACCAAGGGAGUGGCGGAACGCCAUUACCCUGCUUAAGAAGUCUCGACCAUAUGGAAUCCAAGGCAUGGGUGACAAUAUUCUUUCCAAGCUAAAGUUCAGCUACGACAAUUUGGCUGAUAAAAUUCUCCGCGAGUGCUUCCUGCUCUGUUCUCUGUGGCCGGAAGAUCACUCAAUUUCUAAAACCGAACUCAUCGAAUGCUGGAUGGGGCAUGGGUUGGUCGACGAACAAGAGUUCGACAACAUCAACGAAGCUUACGACAGUGGCCACGCGCUAAUCGGUGGGUUGCAAGCUGCGUGCCUCCUCGAACUAGGGCAUAACAAAGAUAGAGAGGUGAAGAUGCAUGACGUGGUAAGAGAUCUUGCUCUCUGGAUUGCGUCAGAUUGUGGUGAGAGACAAAACAGAUUCAUUGUUAUUUCCGACGUAACUUCUUCCAAGGAUUCACAGGGAGCGGCAGAAAAGAUGUCGCUUGUUGGAAGCGAUGUCAGUGACACAUCCAGCCUUUCGUCCAACUGUUUAAAGCUGAAAACGUUGAUGCUACAGGGAAGCAUGUCCUUUAAGUCAAUUAUGAAAGGAUUCUUUCAAGGGACUCCUGCUUUGACUUAUCUCGACCUUUCUUGCACGGCUAUAAACGAACUUCCUCAGGAAAUUGGUCUGCUUCGUAAUCUUCGAUACCUCAAUAUCUCCUUCACAAAUAUUAAAUCGCUUCCAAUGCAGCUCAGUGAACUCCGCAAGCUCAGAUUCCUGCUCUUAAGGGAUCUGGAAAGAAUAGUCAUUCCUAGAGAUCUGCUAAGGAAGCUUAUGAUGUUGUCCAUGAUCGACAUGACUAAUACUGAGUGCAAUAACUGGGAUGAGCUCUCACAGCUGCGUGGAUGUGUGAAAGGCGUGGGGAUCGUUUUACAGAGCAUUGAAGAUCUACACAAAUUUGCCAAGUUCCAAAAUGUACUGACUUGGCGGCUGGAGCUGAGGAAACUGGUGGGAUUCAAUAAGACACUACAGCUUCUCUCGCCUUUUCAGCUAGGGAGCCGCUGCAUUCGUUUCAGUAUCCAGAUGCUAAAGAUUGCAUAUUGCGAGAGCUUAAAGAUGGUGUCGAUGGCAUGUGACGGUGGCGGCGAUAUGUGUUCGCUCUCGAGACUGGAGGAAAUACAGCUUAGGAGCUUGCCAGAGCUAAAGAAUAUUUUUUGGAGAAGAGUUUGUCCUGCUGGAGUGCUGCCUAGUCUAACUGUACUGACAAUUUCUGAUUGCCACAACUUGAGAGAUCUCUCAUGGGUGAUCCGAUUACCGAGCUUGGAAGAUCUCACUGUGUACCGUUGCAGUCAAAUGAAGCAAAUAGUCAAUGUUGUUAAUGAAAUUGGUCUCGGUGGUGUGGAGGAGAAUGACGUUGGGUCCGCCAGUGGGACGUUCCCAAGUCUUAGGAGGCUCUAUUUGAGGGAUUUGAGAAGCUUGAGAGAUUUUGGAGGAUCAUUUAGGUUCGCUUCAUUGGAAAUCAUGCAUGUGAUUAAUUGUCUGGAGCUGAAGGCGCUGCCGUUUGGGAAGGAGAUCGCUGUAAGGAAGCUGAAAGAGAUUUGGGGUGACAGACAGUGGUGGGAAAAUUUAGAUAUGAAAGACGAUGAUAGGGCUACACUUCUACCUUAUCUAAAAGCUAGGGCAGAACUCUGUACUGCUGAGCGGGAGCUAUUGCCUCCCCGGAAAAAAUUAAAACGAUCAGCAUAGUAAUAGUUAUUAGUAAUCCACCCCCCAAGUUGUCUCUCCAAAAAUUAAAAAGUAUAUUGGCCUCUCAUUUUUUUA